UCGUCCGGCUUUCAGUUUAUAGAUACCGUUCUGUGAAGUAACAUCGUGACGUGUGAAUUGAAUUUCAAACUUUUUUUUUUGUGCUUUUUGAACAAUAAGUGAUACAAUCAGUGAAUAAUUUUAAACUAUGACAACUACACGACAUCAUAGAACAUGGUUUAACUACGUUUUUCGCAGUAUUUUUUAAGGGGGCGAGAGUGUGGCAACGCAACGACGUGGUGGCGCGUAAAAACGGUGGCAAGGGAAGCAUGCGAAGAAAAGAGGGCGGAGGAAGAUUUGUGGUCGCGGGGGAAAGGAAGGGUUCCCAAGGAAUCGCGUUAGAGGAAGGGAGGUCGUCGAAAAUUGUCGAUGCAGUUGGUCGAAGCGUGUGAGAGGCGGCCAGGAUGGAAAACGGGGUGGUGAACGGUGGACAAGUUGCUUCUCAAGUGUCGUUAAGAAGUUAAUCUCAGCCAUGCCGAACGAGACAAAUGCCACGGACGAUUUUAUCGAUUACGAUAUCAACGACUCGUUGAGCCACUUCGAUUGGGCGGAACUGGGGCCUGUCCUCGUCGUCUACUCCCUCACGUUUUUCCUCGGAUUAAUCGGAAACGUCGUCAUCAUUGGUUCAACACUGUGCCCCAGACUGAGACCUUUACCAGCGACACCGACCAACGUCUUUCUAGGUGGUUUGGCAACUGCCGAUCUUUUGCUUAUACUCUUUUGCAUUCCCGUGAAGGUGGCGAAGCUGUUCUCGUACACGUGGACUAUGGGCCUGUUUCUAUGCAAGUCGGUCCACUAUAUGCAGAGCGUCUCGGCUAUUUGCUCGGUCGUCACGUUAACCGCAAUGUCGAUCGAAAGAUAUUACGCCAUAGUUCACCCUAUGCGGGCCCAGUACACGUGCACGAUAAGCCAGGCUCGCAAAAUAGUAAUUACAACUUGGGUGGCGUCCUUCCUUCUUGGUAUACCAAUGAUCUUCACGCAGACACACAAGGAAGUCGGAUUGAGGGUAAUCGCUUAUUGGUGCGUUCGUGAUUCGGAAGGUGGACUUUUAUGGCGCGCCCACGAGGUUUAUAUGCUGGUGUUGGUCCUGGUGUUACCCCUAGCCGUGAUGGCGUAUUGUUACACGGCUAUUUGCUGGGAGAUUUGGCGAGUCAUGAAACGCCGAUACCACAUGACAUCGCGCCGCGUAUUGAAUCCAAGUAACGUGGACGCAGAAUCCAUACCCAUGACACAGAGGAAUAGCGUGCGAAACAAUAAUCGUCGUUCUCAACGAGAGGACAGUCAAACAGAAGAAGAAUCUCGUACGAUAAGACAGGUGGUGAAGAUGUUGGUGGCCGUGGUGGUGUUGUUCGUCAUUUGCUGGGGUCCAAUUCUCGUGGAUAACAUGCUAACAGCUUAUGGAUACCUGCCACGCGUAAAAGUUGGCACGUACAAGCAUCUUAACACCGCUUUUCAGCUGAUGGCUUAUUUUAACAGUUGCAUAAAUCCAAUCGUUUAUGGGUUUAUGUCGAAACACUUCAGGGAGAGUUUCUUGGCCGCUGCCUGCGGCAGCUGGUGGAUCUGUUGUCCCCGGAGAGGGUACAGGGCGCCGGUGAAGAGGCAUCCGAGCCUAAGCCAGACAAGGACGACCAGUAUAAGAUGGACUUGAUUAUUUCGUCAUGCCCGGCCCACGUCGAGGCACUUGUUUCACAGGUAAAAACUGGCCGGCCAUUGAACCAUGCCAGAAGAGGCUAGAAAGAGGAAGAAACCGUUCCUAAUGAGAAAGACGAUGCUACUUCGAGCUUAUCGUUAUUGUUGAAUAAUCAAUUUAAAUUUCGAAACGAUUUUUCACCAUUUUUUCGCCAAAUCUCGUAUUCCUCAAGCUGAUGUAAAUAUUGAAUACUCAUAUUUGAAGAUAUAUAGAUAGAAUUUUGAAAUAUGGAUCUGGAAUAUUGAAAGAACGAAACUUUCAAGAUCUAAUAUAAUUCGAUAUUUAAAAAUCAUUUACGAAUCGGGAAAAAUCUUUUUCAAUCGUCGAUAUUUUUAAGUGAUCGCGAUGAAAAAGGGGAGAAACAUUGCGAAGCUUGAAUAGGGUAAACUCUUUCUCAAAUCUCUGAUUAAUUGUAAAGCAAUGUAAUCUAUGUGUCUAUUUAUUUGUACAUACAUAAAUAUGUAUAUAAUAUUUUUCAUUAUUCAUAAAACUGCAUG